AUGGGUAGAUUUGGGCAUGGGAAUGGAGGUAGAAGAGCUAGAGAUCGAUUUGAUAACAAUUUGGGAAACAUUAAAAUGAAGAUUCCAUCCUUCCAAGGAAGAAAUGAUCCUGAAGCUUAUUUGGAGUGGGAGAAGAAGAUUGAGUUGGUGUUUGAUUGUCACAACUAUUCUGAGUUGAAAAAGGUAAAGUUAGCAGCCAUUGAAUUCACUGACUAUGCUAUUAUUUGGUGGGAUCAAUUAACUUUGGGCAGGAGAAGAAAUGGUGAAAGACCUAUUGAGACUUGGGAGGAAAUGAAAGCUAUUAUGAGAAGAAGAUUCAUUCUAAGUCACUACUACAGAGACUUAUUUCAAAAGCUGCAAAGCCUCACUCAAGGGUCUAGAAGUGUUGAAGAUUACCCCAAGGAGAUGGAGAUAUCCAUGAUUUGGGCUAACGUGGAGGAGGAUCGAGAAGCUACUAUGGCCAGGUUCUUAACUGGUUUAAAUCGUGACAUUGCAAACGUGGUGGAACUACAACAUUAUGUUGAGUUGGAUGACAUGCUGCAUAUGGCCAUAAAAAUGGAGCGUCAACUGAAAAGGAAAGGUUCCACAAAGAUGGGCCAACGUUCUGGUUCUUCUUCAACAUGGAAUCAAAAUUGGAGCAAGAAGGGUGACAAACCACAUUCCAAGAACAAUGUUGAUCCUAAAGACAACAAAAAUGGAGGCACCCAUAACCAAGGUAAAACUGAUUCCCAAACUUCUAGAAAUAGAGAUGUUAAAUGCUUUAAAUGUUUGGGAAGGGGCCAUAUUUCUAGUCAAUGUCCAAAUAAAAGAGUUAUGAUUUUGAAAGAAAAUGGUGAUGCUGAGACUGAUGGUGAAUCGGAUAAUGAAUCUAUGCCACCAUUGGAGGAUGCAAGUGAUGUUGAGUAUCCAGUUGAAGGGGAGCUUUUGGUUGCAAGGAGAGCUCUAAAUGUACAAGUCAAGGAAGAUGAGGAGCUACAACGUGAAAAUAUUUUUCAUACCAAAUGCCAUGUCAAUGAGAAGGUAUGUAGCAUGAUUAUUGAUGGUGGAAGUUGUACUAAUGUGGCUAGCACUAGUUUGGUGCAAAAAUUGAAUUUACCAACUUUGAAACAUCCUAGGCCAUACAAGUUGCAAUGGUUGAAUGAUUGUCGAGAAGUUAAGGUGAACAAGCAAGUUUUGGUGUCAUUCUCAAUUGGAAAAUACAAAGAUCAGGUUUUACAUGAUGUGGUUCCAAUGCACGCAUGGCAUAUUCUUUUGGGAAGGCCAUGGAAAUUUGACGGACAUGUUAGUCAUGAUGGUUAUUCUAAUAGAUACUCAUUUGUAUUCAAUGAAAGACCAAUCACUCUUGUACCAUUAACUCCAACACAAGUGUAUGAAGAUCAAGACUUUGAUGAUGUAUUUCCUGAAGAGGUUCCUAAUGGUUUACCACCAAUAAGGGGAGUCGAGCAUCAAAUUGACUUUAUACCUGGAGCGACAAUCCCAAAUAGGCCAGCCUAUAGGAGCAAUCUUGAGGAAACAAAAGAGCUUCAAAGGCAAGUUGUUGAGCUCAUGGAGAAGGGGCAUGUGCAUGAGAGCAUCAGUCCUUGUGCGAAUGUUGAAUUCUAUUAA